CAAUCUCUGUCAAAACAAAAAAACACGAAAAAUCGAUCGAUCCGGCGUGGUGCAGUUUUGCAAGCAAAAAUCCAACAAAACUUACAAAUUUUAACCAUGGCCAUGUCCCCGGAAGUCAAGGAGCGGCUCGAGGUGGUGUUCGAGGUUGUCAAGACCACAUUCCACUGGAGUUUUAUCCCGGCCGUGCUGUACCUGGGAUUCCGGAAAGGGUCGGAAGCCGGCAUGCCCCCACUAUCCGUUAUGAGUUUGCUGUGGCAGUAAAAUGUAGUUAAAAAUCAAUAAAAUUCUUAAAAAUUUA